AUGUUUUUUAAUCUGUUCGCCGUAAUGGCUCUGGUACUACCAGUACCCGCCCUUUUAUCCAGCAACGGCACAUGCACGCCCGAGACAAUUCAGACAUUCGUUGAGUGGGAGAACAUGGCAGAUGCCGAUAAGCACUCCUACCUGAAUGCAGUAAACUGUCUUAUGGAGCUCCCAGCUCAGACAGGUAUACGUGGUACCGUCUCAAGGUUUGACGAUAUGAACGCCAUGCAUCAAGUGCAGGCGAAAACCAUUCAUAUUGUUGCAAGUAUUCGCCCAACUCACUAUAUUGCUGGACAAAGAGGAUAUGCGCAGUUCUUGCCGUUUCACCGCCUCUAUAUACACGUGUAUAUGCAACUCUUGAGGGAUGAGUGCGGAUAUACAGGACCGACGCCCUGGUGGGAUGAGACCCGCGAUGCAGGCAACUUCACGGCGUCGCCCCUGCUUGAUCCUGACACAGGAUUUGGUGGGAACGGAUCUGGUCCAGAUGACUGUAUCACUGAUGGUCCUUUCGCAAACGUCACUCUUCACAUUGGUCCGGGCCAAAAUGUGACGGACCAUUGCUUAUCCCGUAAAAUCAACGAGUUUAAUAGCACCCUCGGCAACGAAACCUACGUCCAGGCAGCCCACGAUACACCCACCUACCUCGACUUUUGGCAGUUGACUGGUUAUACAACUCAUGGCGCUGGUCAUAGUGGAAUCGGCGGAGUUAUGGAGGAUAUAGAUGCAAGCCCUGGAGACCCGCUCUUCUACCUACAUCACGCUUUUGUAGAUCGUCUUUGGUGGAACUGGCAGAUGGAAGACCCCGAAAGUCGUUUAUAUCAGCUUGGAGGCCCCUCUACGCAGACAGGAUCUGAAGAGACGACUCUGGACUACGUCAUGACUACCUACGAAAUUCGCCCGAACGUUACUGUCGGAGAAGUCAUGGAUAUUCAGGGCGGAUAUCUCUGCUAUCAAUAUGACUACUAGGAGUAGGGAUAGAUUGGGGGUUGGAACAUUCCAAUUCAAGGUUGUGUUGGUGUGUUCGUACAUUAGUUGAACUAGACUAGGUGCGAUGCUGUGCGCUUCAUGUCAGGACGCAGCUGAUAGGAAG